GCUGAGGGGAGUGCGGGAGCGGGAGGCGGGGAGCGCUGAGGGUACUGCGGGAGCGCUGCGGUGGGGAGCGCCGAGUCAGCGCGGCCCCGAGGCUCCCCCGCGGCACUGCUGGGCAGGCGCCGGGCCCGGGCGAGGGGCGGAGCGGCGGCCGGGGGCGGAGCGGCGGCUGCCAUGAGCACGGCGGGCUGCCGCGGAGGUGAUGCUGCGGCCGGAGGAGCCGCCGGAGCCCCGGGCGGGGGCGGCGGCGGCGGCUGAAGAGAGCGGAGCUCGGCGGCUCCCUCGCUGCCUGCCCCCGCCGCCCGGGGAAGAGGCAUUUGUUAAAAUGGUUACACACCACGUCUCCUUCCUAGAAGAGCAAGUGCUUGAAGCAGGGAACAGCCAUGGCACCUUUCUGAAUACUGUUUGCAAAUUAUUUCAGUGUGUGACUAUCUCAUCAUUUAAAAAUGGACAUCCUCUGCCAGCAGCAGCACACUUCUGUGACCUGCUAAAACUCUACCGAAGAUGUUUUUCCUAUGAACUAUGAAGGUACCUGUUUGGUUUGGAGGAAGGCUUACUGGCUGUAGCUAUGCUUCAGGGAGUGAGGGGAGGGGAUGGAAGGAGAGGAGCGCACUAUAAGAACGAGAAGCGUACUUGCUGAACACCCCGUCCCAGCCGCAGGUCAGUGCAAAAUAACAGUUACUACAAGCCCAUAUGAACACCCACGGAAAUGAAGUGCCGUGUCAAAUGCAGCUACCCUGACCCAUCUCAGACUGUCCUUGCCGCGCCUAGGUAUUGGCAGAAGUCAAACUACAGGUCACACCACCUCCGAGUUUUUGUUGUAUAAAGCUGCCUUGUGUCUCGAAACGACGCCUGUGCUAAUAACCUCCUACGUCAUCCUCAGCUGUUAACAACCUCUAGAUUUCAAAUAGCGUAUUUGAGAUGGAAAACGCACUUUGCUUCGCUGCAAUUCAGGCAAGCUGGCUGAAAGACAUUUUUUUAGAGAGUCUUAAAACGGUCCCUCUGCUCUGUUCUGCUGGCCAAAGCCUGGACCAACCAGUGUUUUCAAGGUCUCCUGCUGAAGACAGCAGCAGAAUUUAGGUGUCGGUUGAGCUGGCCGCUCUGCGAGCCCAGCGGGCACAUUUCUGGAGUUCUGCUAUAGAACUUCAGUAAUGUAUGUAAAAACCAGGUAACUUCCAUCUCAUAGAGUUAGAAUGGUGUGAUAAAUUAAGAUUACACAAACUGGGUUUAAAGCUCCUCCGGUUUUAUUGGGCCAUUUACCUCUUCUGCUUUUUGGCCUCCUCAAAAAAUGCGUGGUUAGCCUCAAAUCUCAAAAGGAAUUCUCGCCUAGGCUAAAAUGCAGAUUUGAGGAGUGCUUGUUUGAAAUACUAGUUUAUACCAGAACUUAAAACAACCAUCCCCAAUCCUUGGUGUUCCUGUGAGACAGGCUAUUUUUGUGCAAGACCUAUAAUCACUAUAUAAAAUGGUAUUUUCUAUCAUGGAAUUUUCUGGCAAAUGAAGCAUUGCUACAGUUCAGAUUUCAUAGUCUUACUAUUCACUGACAACAAACAAGAGAUGAGAAUUUGGGACUCUGACUUUAACUACAGAGGUCACUAAUAUUAAAUUAACUUUGCCAGAUAGUGAGACAAAUAUGAUGCAGGAGUCAUAAGGUGAUAACCAAUUUUUUACUUCAUUGCUUAACGGGUAGAGGUGCUUGUACUACCAUUAAACUGUUGGGCUUUUUUUAAAGUUUUUAAGGAAUGUAUUUGGAUAAUCCCUUAAGGCCUAGAUGAAGUGACACAAAACAAAUUCUGCAAUGUCUGAAGUGCUCGGACAGCAGCCUCCUGUGAAAGAGAGCAGCCUACGGUGGGAGAAGGGAUCAUAACCAAGUUUUCUUAGCACGGAAUAACCUUUUCUAGGACUUCAAGUGCCUGGUUUUGUUGGGAAAAAGAUCUCCAACCCAUCAACAUCUCUAAGUGGUAGUUAUCGAACUCUCAGCUGAUUUACUGAAAAGUUAUUGUCACUUAAAUAGUUCAGGGGGUCUGCUAACAGGAUGAGUCGAGGCUCACGUUUUCUUUUAAGGCAGAGAAACACACGGAGCUCUUCUGCUGAUGCAAGUGGCACAAGUAUUUUUCCUGCAUUGUUCUUAAAACAUAUUUUCUGCCACUUGAGUGCAUAACUGGGAGCCAGUCUAACCUCCACGCCUCUGUUAAAAAGCAGAAUGACAGUACGUCUCCCUUUUGUGAAGGCGGGGGGAAGGGAGAACAAGACAAAUCUAAACCAUAUUAAUCUAAAGGUAACUGGUCUCAGUCAUCACUUCACAAACAUAAUUAGUUCAACACAACCCAGAAAUGCUCAUGCCAAAGAGUGGCAGCUGCAGACCCUGAGAGCACGUGCCUCUUCUCGUCAUUGGCUUACAGAGCGGCUUCUUCAUUACUGGUGGGAAGUAGAGUUUAUACCUACCCGAGGCUGCUUGAGAUAUCAACGUGUUUUCUCAGGAUCUCUGUGAAAUGGUUUUGCUGUUUAAAACGUUGAAGAGCACACAACUGUUUCCUCCUUUACAACAUUAAUGAAAAGUUCACAGGUCAAUUUAGUUCUUGUGACGUAUCAAAAAGUAGGUACUCCAGUAUCUAUCAGACAUAUGCCUACAUCAAACUCGUCGCUCCAAGUACGAACACUUUUGCUCUCACCACAGUCAGAUGCCCGUCAGUAAAUCAUGCUCUCGAUGAGGUUUUGGUUAUGCAGCUGUCGCACUGCACACCUGCCACUGUGCAGGACUGGUGUGACCAAACCAGUCACUAGUUUUAACAGACUGAUUUUAAAAAUCUUUUUAGUACUCAAAUUACUUUUUCUUCAAAGCCUAAACAAGCCUGUAGCUUGCAAGGCAUGCUCCUUUGUGUUUGCACAGUGAGUAUUCAAAUACCUUUGCUAUCAUUUACCCUCCACACGUAGUGCUUCAGAGACACACGUAGUUCUAGAUAACUUUUUAAUAUGUGAAAGUGAUCUCCAUUCAUAAGUACAAAGGGAUGAAAAAUGCAAGUAAAUUCAUAGACUUUGUUUCUCCAGGAUGCAGAACAAGCAAAUCACUACAAUCCUAUUUACAAAUUAGUGUUCUAGAAUGCUAAAUAGUAAAGACAAAUUCAGCCAAAGUUAAGUUCUGUAGGAUUUUCAAUAUCCUCGCAGGGUCUGGCUGCUCAGUAAGACAGAACUGUCCAGACGUGCCCCAGCAGAGCUGGGGAGCGCUUU